CUUGCGAACUGGUAGGGCUCUUUAUUUGUUACGCAUUGAACACCAACGUCACGUUUAAUCUCCACUAUGGCAGAGAAAACGGUGUUGGAUGAAAGGCGAUCUUUUAUGGAUCCUGUUAAAGGGCUUUUAUUGACAUAUUUUAUGCCAGAAUCAUGCUACGACGAGUUUUUUCUCAAUUUCAACCUUUUGGACGUACCAUGUCUGAAGAUUAUUCUGAGCAAAGGCCUGGGGAUUGGCAUCAUCCUGGGAUCAGUGAUGGUGAAACUGCCACAAAUCUUAAAGCUGAUGGGAGCAAAGAGCGCUGAGGGGCUGAGCUUCAAGUCUGUGCUGCUGGAGCUGCUGGCCAUCACAGGAACAAUGGCCUACAGUAUCGCCAACAAGUUCCCCUUCAGUGCCUGGGGCGAGGCUCUGUUCCUCAUGUUGCAGACAGUCACCAUUGGCUUCCUCAUUCAGCACUAUGCAGGAAGAACCAGCAGAGGUCUCCUGUUUCUGGUUGUGUAUUUUGGCAUCCUGGUCCUCGUGCUGUCUCCGGUUACUUCCAUGUCAGUCGUUACCUCCAUGCAGGCCUCUAACAUGCCAGCCAUCAUCAUUGGCAGGCUUAUUCAGGCAGCCGCUAACUUCAGUAAUGGGCACACUGGCCAGCUGUCAGCUGUCUCUGUCUUCCUGCUGUUUGCUGGAUCCCUUGCCCGCAUCUUCACCUCACUACAGGUAAGAGGAAACUGGAGACUCACUGAUGGCCCUCACCUAUGUCAUAUCCUCUGCCUGCAACGGCAUCAUCACUCUGCAGGUACUCUACUACUGGAACAGCUCCCCAGAACGCAAGAAGAAAAAGAAGAGAGAGUAGGCAAAGGACAAAGCUAAAACUUCACUAAUAAAACUCUUUUCUUUCCAUAUCCAAAUUUACACACUCUCAAAAAGGUGUCUUCAAAACGUGAAAGAAUAAAUUUGACACAUGAAAUGCACGUACGAGUCACUGGAAAGUGAGUCAUUGAAUUUGCUGGACAAACACUUGACUGUGAAGCAAGGAUGCAAACCAAACAUGCCAAGAAAGUCCUUAGUAGUCUUUUCUAUCAGUUUUAUGUAGGCCCACUGGCUUUAUGAUUGACAGUUAGCUGGUUUUGUAAGUGAUGUUUAGCUCUGAGCAGAGACACUGGAUCCAGACUCCCGCUGUGCAGUACAGUUAAUACAUUCCUCUUGAUGCAGUUUUCCUCAGUACAUCAAGCUGUUUUCAUAGUGGUGUGUUUUUAAAAUUUUUGGAAUGGGUCUGUGCACUUGACUGCUGAUUUUUCACAUCCUGGGCAAGAUUAUUUUUUUGAAAUGGAGUUUUGACCAUGGAUGCAUGUAAAGAAUGAUAUGUUGUUUUAUCUCACAUAAACAUGAUACCACACCCGCUC